GGGCGGUGCUUGCUGACGCUAGUGGCCGCGCAAUGCAAGCGGAGGGUCAGGCUCAACAUGGCGGCGGCGAAGAUGGCGGAAGCCGGUUGGAAGACGCUGAGCUGGGACGUUCCGCCCCGAAAUGGCCACGAUGUGUAUUUCUCGCGAGACCUUUAUGAGAAGUAUUCUUUGGCUCCGCCCCUCUCCGAGCUCAUGUUAUUAUCAAAAAGCCUCACAGAGAACAAGGCUGAUGCGUCAAACUCUGGGCAAGAAAAAACGCCGACUGCAAGUAAAGGAGAGCCUUCUGUGGCACCUUGUCAAGAGCCAAGGGUCCCCUAUCCUUAUGUUUCUAGCUUGUCGGAGAAAGAGCAAAGAAGAUAUUUAUUUCUUUUGUCUCAGUAUUUAAAUGCUGAUCCAAACCUCUUGCACUGGAAUCAGCAAAGGAAUUAUGCACAAUAUCUGCAAAUGAAAGAAUUUGUGAGCAAAGAAGUUGCAGAAUUCUUAAAAUUUGCCCAGAACGCUGCUAGAAGUUGUUCUAAAGAUUACAGUGGCAUCUCUGAAGACGCGUUGCUUUAUACCAAGGAUUUUUUGAGAGCUCGCAUUGGUUAUGUGAAGAAGUAUCCUGAAUGGUAUUCUUUGCAUGAAGUUACCAGCAUCAUGGGAGGACAGUUUAGUAGAGAGCUGACCCUGAAGUUUGAAAAAAGUCUUCUUGCCUUGGGAACGGUGCACCUUGUUAAGCGGUACUUUCCAAAGCUACCUGCCUCAAUUCAUUUACCUGCUGAUAAACCUAAGAACGAAUCAGACUGCGGGACUCCGAAGCACCGAGCUGCUCAGCUGCACAAGGUAAGGAUGCAACCUGGCGAGCCAAGGAGAACGGAUGUUAGCACUGACCCAAAUGCUGAAAAGCUGGCUGCAAAAUACUGUCCUCAGGUGGUGCUGACCGGCGAAUCCUUCUAUACUCUGUUGAACAAUCAUGGUCUGGAUUAUAAGCAGCAGUGGGAACUUCCUGUUUCUGUAAAAACAGUUUCUCUUGCUGGUCUCAAGCCAGUCAAAGUGGCCUUUGUUGACCCCCCUCUCCCUAAGAAGGAGAUGACUGUGAGAGAAAAGAACCAGGUUUUUCACGAAGUCCUGGCAGAUUUUCACAUGACAAAGCAAUCUAGUAUUGUAGCCCGGGCUGUGAUACUAGACAAGCCAUCGGAAGAGCUGCCAGGAGCAAAGCUCAAAAAGUGCCAAGGCAGGCUGAUGCAAGAAUCCGUCUCUGCUGAUCUGGACUUUGAUACGGAUGUCACCGAACUUGAAAGCUUUGCCUCGAGCACAAAGCCCCUGAGCGCUUCUCAGGCUGAGAUCACUCCAGCAAAGCCAUCCGGUUUGUCUGUGGUCUUGUCGGAGUACUUGAAAAUGGAAAAGGAGUCCAAGUGGGCUGCGAACAGUAGCUUUGGGGAAGGAAAGAGCAAAGCAGAGGAGCACAGAACAGUUUUUAGCAGGGGGAAGACCUCACCCUUGGGGAGUGACCUCCCAGAUUUGGAUAGUGAGGAAAACUCAUCGGGUAAAGGUUUUAAGCUAGCGGGAACUGACCCAGAUGGCGGAAGUGUUGCUUUGGCCAAAGGAAAAAAUCUGGACCCUGAUACCUUGAUCGCUUCUUCAGAUAAAAAUAAUAAUAUUGGUGAAGGAACUGGCGCAGCUGAAGAUGACGGGUCCCCUGCCCCAUCCUGCUGCAGCGACACCGAUGGAGAACCUUUGAUCAUCGACGCCGAAUGUGAAACUGUUGCCGUGUCUGAAUCUCACGCGAUCUCUUCUGACCACGGCUCCGAAAGAUUUGCUGCUCCUUCAUCCAGCCCUGGGCAGGCCCAGCUGGGAAAACCAGCGGAUUCUUCAGAGACGCACAAAACAAAUGCCCCCUGCAGACGUCGUCCACGGCUGUCCCCAAAAAUUGAUCCUGUGGGGCAGAUUUUGAAAAUGCAGACUGAACUCCUGAAGCCCCCUUCUCCACAUUGUCAGGGGCACCUGCAGAUAACCGGCGAAAGGAGUGUGAAUCCUACCCAAAGCCAGGGAGAUUCCCAUUCUGCCCCCUUGGCAUCUCCUUCAGCUGCGGAGCCUGGGCAAGAUACUGUGGUGAAUACGGGCAGCUCCUCCAAGUUUACUUGGGCAACCUGUUACCAGGGGCCUCAGAAAGGGGUGCUGUGGGAUGCAGUGGAAGAAGGGGCAGACUACGAACCUCCUCAGCGCGGCAACCUGGUCUACAGAUUGUUCAGCUUGGAGGACAUGCUCCUGCUGGUGCGCACCACCAUACAGAAAGUCGAGCUACGACCCCAGCAGAAGAAGGCGAAAUUCAGGCGGCACUUUCCAGUUUACGUAUUGCCCAAGUUGGAAUACCAGGCCUUCUACGGGGUAGAGGCUUUAACGGAAGAUGAAGCAUGUCGGCUGUGGAUGGAAAGCGUGUUACAUUCCAGUAGUUCUUUCACAGUGGGUCACGUCGAUGCUCUUACUUCACAGCUCUUUCUGCUUGAGCGCCUGACCGGGGAGGCUUUGAGAAAACGAUUUGGCACAUUUAAGCGAGCCAACUCUUUAAAUAUUCUCCAAAACAUCUUGAAGAAAGUGGUCUGCUUGCAGGAGGGCGCUUAUCUCUUGGCUCAUCCAGCGGGAGAGUCAUCAGUGACCAUCUACAAGAGUGCCGAUGGAAAUGCCACGCGGGCCACGUACAACUUGCACGCCGCUCACACCGACCCGCCCCCUGCUCCAGCUGUCCUCUCUGUCCCGUGGGUCCCGCUCGACCCCAAUAUCCCUCUGCCACACCACUUUGCCCAAGGCCGAGUCCCGUGCACUUUCCCACCGAAGCCGGCCGAGAGCACCAAGAACGUGAAGAUGAGUGGUGCCAAAGCUUCCCUUGGCACACCCAGCCACAGAGGGCCAGUUUCCGUGGAAGCAAAGGACGGUUGCUCACCAGCUGGGCCUUUCAGAAAGAGGCGUGGGGCUGCGCAGAACAAAGCAAGGAGAAAGAGCUGCGGGCCGGCAAAUCAGGGCCCAAACUGGAAAUUCUGGAAAAAGACGCGCAUGAGCAAAGACGGCAUGACUUAAUUGGGCGGGGGAAUGGCAGGUCUCGUCUCAGCGAAAAAGCUGCUUCGCCAGCAAAUGAAGAACGUGGUGGGCAACUCCAGCAGAGCGGGCAGAUCUGCAGUGCGUUGUUGCCGUGAAACCUCUCGGCUCCUUCUGUACUUAAGAGGUGCAUCGGAUGAGUUUGUCCCACGUCAAAAGUGCCCUGAAGCAACUUGGGAGUGAUAGCAGCAAACUUUCUGCGUGAUCAAAGCUGCUUUUGUGUUGCUGUUUAUCCCCAGUAACGUUGCUGGGUGAAAACCAAGCCCUCUGUAGCCUUCCUUUAAAACGGACAGUUGCAUUUAAGCAGUUCUACAAUUUUGGGCAAGUGGGGCUGACCAGUCUCUGUUUGACUUUCCCUUUAAAACUGCCCUUUCCUGCAGAUUGCAGUCAUGUCCAGAAAACAGCCUUGGCCACGGCCACAAGCCGCUUUGAAGCUUAAGUGUUGAUUUUAAAGUUCUCCAGUUUGUUAAGGGUCUCCCAAGGCGCUUCCGUCGGUCCUCGGGCACGUGCCAUCAUGGAAAGCAGAAAUGGCACUAAAUCUAUUUUGCCUUUUUCACAGGUCAAAGUGGAUUACUCGCAUCAUGCGUGGGUGUGUUGGUCUACAUUUAAAAUAUCCUAGUUGCUUAUUUCUGAAUUUGUUUUUGUGGAAUGCGGACUUGCAGCUUGCUUGAGCUUUUGCCCAGCUCGGUUGUAUGCACGUUGUCGUACAGUCCAAACAAAUUAACGUUGGCGUCAGUGGUUGUGUGGUCGCAGUUGUGUGGCACUCGUGCCCCAGGCAAGACCAACAGGAGGACCCCGAGGUUGGUCCGAGGUGGGGUAGGGAAGUGUGGGGCAGCCCUGAUGUCGCUGAGCAGAAGGGUUUCUGCAGAAGCACGCAAAGUUUUUGCCCAGUUAAACACAGAGACCGACACAUCAGGCUUUCUGUCCCAUUUCAGGCACGGAAACAUUUGGGCUUUUUGGUUGCAUGUAAUUCUGAACUGAUUUGGGGGGGGGGGCUAGGCAUGACCUAUUUCUGCUUUUCUGCAUGAGUGCAAUCCUUUAUCAAAGAAAGAACGUGUUUUCAAUUUGGUGUUACCUCGCCACACCUUGUGUAUCGGAGAACCUCAGGAAGGCCGUCUUGUUUCCUGAAGAGCCUUAAGUUUUUAUCUGGUUGCUACAACAGACGCCGGCGUCUCCCCUUUGUGUCUGCAAUCUGCUUGGGUUGGUUGGUUUUAAUGACAAGGUAGAGUGUUUGGGUUGCAGGAUUGCUUAAUGCUAGGUUCUCUUUCAAAAUCCAAUCUGUGACCUCCCACGGGGGAAAUAUUUCUGGGGUGAGUCAUAUGCUCAAUAAUCGGGUGGGGCUCUGAAGCAGGGAUUUUGUUCGCUCCAAAGAGGGGUGGAAAGACCAUCUCGACAGAAGUGGAGCCUCUCAGUGGAUCUGUUGGGGCUUUCCUCUGACUUCUGUCUCCACCAUCAAUAAUACCCAAAGCCCCUGCUGAGCGCAUGUGGGGUGGCAGGCCUCUUAAAAAUAGCUGUCACGUCUUCACUGCAGAUCAGCUGCUUCAGAGGGACAUUUGGGUGGCGGCAACUUCUCCCUUUUCCAGCCCCCUGCUUUGUCAGAGGGUAGGACGUGUCUAGCUAGUUGGAUUUUCUGAGCAGCUGAAAGAGCUUGUUCAGUCUGUAUACAGUCAUCCCUUUCAGUCUAUAACAAUCAUACAAGUUACAGGUAGUCCUCGACUCAUGACCUUUCGUUUAGCGACCGCUCGACAUUACGACGGUGCUGGAAAAAGUGACUUACAACCGGUCCUCCCACUUAGGGCUGUCACAACGCCCCUGCGGUCACGUGAUCAAAAUUCAGGCACUUGGUGACCACCUCAUAGUUACGACGGUUGCAGUGUUCCAGGGUCACACGAUCGCCAUUUGCAACCUUCCCAGCCGGCUUCCGACAAGCAAAGCCAAUGGGGGAAGCCAGAUUCACUUAACGACCGCACAAAAAAGCUCAUAAAAACUGGUGUGUCUCACUUAACCACCACCUUGCUUAGCAAUGGAAGUUCCAGUCCCAACUGUGGUCGUAAGUCAAGGACUACCUGUACUUGUACACACUUAAGGCAAUUAACUUGGUAAGUUUUUCUACUGUGUUUAAAAAAUACGAAUUCUGUAUUUAGAGGUUUUUGAGGGUUUAGAAGAAUUACCAACUUUUGAUUUGCAACAUUUUAGCCUGUGUUGUCAAGCUACUUCAUUGACCCUGUAUCAGAAUGGAAGGGGGAGGGGGGGAUAAACUUAACCUGCUUUACUUUUGGGGUGUACAUCCUCCAUAAGAUUAAGUCUGUAUUCUGAUUUGGAAAUCAGCUUGCUUCAGUUUGGAUCUGAAUCUGGGUGGGAGAUUAGCCAGCCGGUGCAGUCCCACAUCCAAAGCAAAGUUCAGAAAUUCCUGUUUCAGACUUCCCUUUUAACUGCCGCAGGAAAUCCACAAACGGCUGCGACUUGGUUAUUCUUCAGCAGAAAAAUAAUGUGCAAUUUGCAGGCCUGGUAGGCUGUCCCCAGGUCUCUGUCAUUCGUGAUUUCCCUGGCCAUGCAUUUAAUAAAUUAAAAACAAAUCCAUCUUGCACGUUGGCUAAUUCCUCACUGAGCAGCCCCCCACCCCCACCUCUUGAUUCCCCUGUUCCCUGGUUCUGCAACAGCACGGGAAGCGUGUGGACCCUGCCUUGUGGGAUCCCCCCCUGCAGCAGUGCAGCUGAUGGGAUGAUGUCACCGCAUCUUCAGCUCGCCUGCCCCGCCUUGCAGCACCAGCCAGUGGUGCAGACACCGAACUCUCCCUGCAGGAGACGAGUCAUUGCCCUGCUCAGGGGGCAUUUGCUGGAAACCUGCAACUCUCCCAGGGUGCUCCUUUCCGUCCCCACUUGUUAGGUUGGAAUGACUGGUCAGUCGAUGCACUCGCAGAGAAGCGUCCCUGCUUGCUGAAGCCCGCGGACACAGCUCUCCUAUCAGACAAGAGCAGAACUUUGCAAAUGCAGGGUUCUGAUUUCUCUCCCGUCUCUUCGAGAACUGGAGGUUGACUCCAGCUUACUGCUUUUUGGCUUAGCUGGGGGCGGGGAGGGGGGAGAGGCUGGCCCCAGAAAGGCCUGGCUUGAUUCUCCCUCAAUUAGUUAUCGCUAUUCUUGGAGCGAACUAAAUAAAACUCCUUUCACUGCAGUGGGGAAAAACGGCGCUUGUUCUGUUGUGGUCUGGCCUGCUUCUGAGACUCUGAGACGCUGGUGUCCUGCGUCUUGCAUUUUUUAGGGGGGAAUGCCCUUUGGUUCUGCUGCCCUCGCCACCUUUUGCUUGGUAGGGCCCAUUUUCCACCACGAAGGCAGGCUGCUUAUUGUGUUAUUUAUUUUUUUAACCUGUUCAGUCGCGUCCGAUUCUCGGAGACUGCCUGGACCGGUCCCUGCAGUCUUCUCGGCAAGGUUUUUCAGAAGGGGUUGGCCAUUGGGCUGAGAGAGAGGGACUGGCCCAGGGUCGCCCAGCUGGCUUUGUGCCUAAGCAGGACUAGAACGCAUGGCCUCCCGGUUUCUAGCAGGGCCUCAACCGCGACACCAGACUGGCCGUGUUCUGGGUAGUCUUCGCUCAAGUCAUGCCCUGUAGAUGGGUCUGACUGCCGUUUCCAUCCUGCCCCAGCCAACAAGGUCACUGGGGUAAAUGCAUGAGACGUACAUUGCUACUUAAAAUAUAAUUGCCCAUGAGAAAAAAAAGAAAUGUGUUCUUGUCUCCUCCUGCUUCAUUUCUGGUCUGGCUGGUCUCCUGCCCCCCCGGAGGAUGGGAUGCGGUCUGCUGAACACAUCAGAAAUUACCGUGGGAGUGCGCAAGGCCUUGACUCUAAAAAGUUCCUUCUUGCGGAUCAAUAUUGCUAAUGGGUUUGCUCUGAUGCUCUUCCAAAACCGGCCCCUGGAGGAGCAAGCGGCUGGCUCACGUCUGGCGCCAGCAGACUGUUUGGGUCGGUUCAUGUCUGCACACGAAUCCAGUUCUCAUUUAAUUUGCUCCCUUCCUUUCAGCUGAAUUAUGAGCAUGCCAUCUUUCCAGCGAACAUGCUGGGGCCUGCAAGGUCCUGGCGGCAACAGGAUGGAGUUUGGUCCUUUGUAGGGGAACGGGGGCGGGGUAAGCGUUCAUCAGCAGACAGUCUUGGAUUAGCCUUCUCUCUGGGCGAAGAAGGACAUUCCCAAUAAUAUUGAAAAAAAGCCACCCCCCCCCCAAAGUUUCGUUUCUGAUUUACUGCUAUUUGUGAGACUCAGGUUUUGGGGAAGGGGUGGCAAGUGUCAUGAAGUGGAACGGAAACAUUAAUUAAUUAAUUAAUUAAUUGUUCUGCCUUUAUUAUUUUUAUAAACAACUCAAGGUGGCAAACAUACAAAAUACUGCCGCCGCCUCCUAGUUUUCCCACAACCACCACCCUGUGAUUUAUCCCAUGCUUCCUCUUUUCAUAGCCAGCCCCUGGAGUGAGACCAUCCAUUCCGGGGUUCCUGAGAAACUGCACAGGUUUCCCGUGGUCUGCUCCACCAGAGCAUGGAAAAGAAUGCACAUGGGGUACUUUGGCUUCCAAAAAUGGCCCGCCCAGCUCUCGGGGGGUCUCCUGCGCUUGCUUUUUAUGAGGUGGAGCCAUGAUCCUGGAGAGUAAGCAGCACCUGGAAGUGUUACCCGUGGGAAGAUGUGGGUCAUCGAGGGUCAGAGCCCCUGCUUGGAAGGCAGAAGAUCCCCAGGCCGGCCGGUGGAUGGGAAGAGCGAGGUCCCGGAUACCAGGACUACGGCUGGUCAGAUAUGAUUCUGGCUCUCCGCUGCUCCCAUCUGACCCCGAGCGGCUUGUGGGCUGAGGUGGGCUAUGUAGAUGUGCUUCUCCCCUCCAGCUCCUGUUUUCCCUGGCAAGCAGGAUGGGGAAGCUGGAUCUGGCAGGUCUGCAAAAACAAAGGUGCCCUCCAAAGCCAUUCUCUGCUCCCCAAACCACCUUACUGAUGUGGCUGAGUAGGAAAACAAGCCCUUUGUCCAUCAGGAUCUCCUCCGCAGGUUGUGUCUUGGUGUCUCGCUGGAGCCUGGAAAGGGGGCAUGGCUCCUGACCAGCCAGAUCAUGCCACGGGGUAGCUUGGUGUUACUGGCUGUGGAGGUGCUUAACUUGAAAAGGUCAGUGCCCUUGAGUUAGCAGCCAUUCGUGGUUUCUGCAUGAACCCAGCCAGGUGGUUGGUUCUCUCAGCAGCUUUACAUAAAAAGGUUGCCAUUGCCAGCUUCCCAGCCUGGCUGCAAAUGACAUUGGUUGGUAACAGCUUAUAACGGUUCCUGAUCUCCUUCAAAGAAUCACAGGCACUAAUUUGGUGAGUGCACUCAGAAUUCAGGUACCUCUAACCCCAAUCUUAGAGCCACCUUUUCCAUGAAGGGCUGUUCAGCCACUUAAAGUCUGUCUAUGCGCACAGUGGAUCCGGGAUUAAAACCGUCUUUGCAUAGAGAUGAUUCUACCCUGAUUUAAAACAGAACUCAGUUCUUACACUUCGACAAAAGAUGUCCUCUGUGGGGAUUUAGGUAGGUGGCCUGUCUUGACGUUCCACCGGCUUUUCUCCAGGGCCACGGACCAAGAAGCUUCCUCCCUUUACUGGGAUCUCCACUGGGACUUGAGUUGCCCACCGAGUCUUCGUACCAAAGGCGCCUUACAACCAGGGGCUCCUCAAGUUGGUCUUGGUGUUGCUUGUUGGCAUAUGCCAGGACCACUUCUGGAUUUGGGGAGGAAAUGUUGAAAGGUGCAGUGCAGCGCCCUUGGUGUGGAUGGACCCUCCUCGGUAAGAAAACUCUUGCCAUGUAGAUUGUCGUCCCCCCACCCCCAACCGAGCAUAGCCCAGACAUGGCAUGGAGCCAGAUUAUUUGAGGGACCACCUCCCUAGUUCAUCGACUGUCCCAUCAGGAGAGGCAUGUUACGGGUCCCAUCCAUCAAGGAAUAGCAUCUGAUGAGACCCAGUAGGAGAGCCUUUUCUGCUGUGUCACCCCUUGUUCAGCACAUCAUCCCCACACCCCGAGGUUAGAUUGCCCCUGGCCCUGCUGGCCUUCCGUAAGGCUCUUAAGACGUGGGUUUUGUUGUCGUGCUUGGGGGGCCCAGUGGUGGUAUCAAGCCUGCUGGUUGGUUGCAUUGUCAGUAAUUUAUUGUCCUCUCCCGGAAAUCAACUUUAUUGCUCUAAUUAACUGUUUUAAUUGGUUUUAGUGGCUUUUAUUUUGUUUUUAUUUUUAAUUAUUGUUAUGCGAGCCGCCCAGAGUCACUUAGAUGAGAUGGGCAGUGAUAGAAAUGGAAUCAAUCAAUCAAUCGCCAGAGUGGGGAUUCCCAAGGUUCUGCUGAAGACUCCAAAUCUGGGUUGGCUUGCGAUUGGGCAGGAAGCGCCUUCAUUUGUAAACAGGCAUCUGUUUGCUUGGUGGUUGGAUAUUCUGUGGUUUUUUACAUUUGUCAUUCAUGGUUUGAUUUCAGUGUGUGAUUGUAUCUCGCGGUCAAAAGGUUAUUAACAGGUUUAAGUUACCAGAAGUCCUAGAAUUUAAAAAAAAAAAAAAAAAUCAGUUAAGGGAGCCUACUUUUUUUCAGAAAAUACCAGGGCCUGUCCCCCCACCCCCUUCCCUCGUUAUUUUUUUCAUGUAGUUUCCUUUUUAAGUGAGUCAGGAAAUCAGUAUGGCCAGUAUUCCGGAAGUUGGGUAAAAUUCUUAGCCGCGCCCAUUCCAUAUUUAUUGUUGACACACACUUCAUUCACACCGCUCAGUUGCAGAGUGUUAUUUAUUUCUCCUUCGUGGGUGCACCAAGGCAACUUCUAAAUGUGGAUGAUACAGCAGGAAUUCUUGUUGACAAAAGCCUGUAGGUCUAAUGCUGAGCCUUUCUUUAAAUUCCUACAUGGCUGGGUCCACAAUUUCCUGGUGCCUUAAGCCAGGUUUAACCCAACUUUACCUGUGAAUGCUGGGGUCUUCUGAGUACGUAUCACCAGCCCUACUGCAAGCCCCAAUAGGUUAAUAAUGACUUAAAAUGAUUUCCUUGGUUGACCUGAAAGUAUUUUUGAUAAUAUGCUCUUUGUAGGAAUAAUGUUUGCCUAGGCAAUUUUAUGUGUAAAACUCUUUAAAGCCAGUGUAUUAAAUAGAUAAUAAUGUUGCU